UGCAACGUUUCGCCAUUUGUUGGCGAUUUUGUGCGUGGGUAUCGGUUUUUGAACAAAGGGCCAACCAGGAAGGGAUUUUAGUUUUUAAACGUAACAAAGUGUAUAUCGCAUAGGCGGCUGACAGCUCUGCAUGUUAGUCGGUGACGGUGACCAUUGCCCGGAAUCAUGGCUGCAACUGCAAGUGGUACCUCAAGCGGACAGUCCACUCCGUCUCGCAUUGUGGCGGCCGGGGACACCGUGGUCUCCUCCGAGCCCUGGGUCUGGUCCUUCACGUACAACACCCACAAAAUCCUGUGUGCUUACUGUUUCACCGAAGUCGCUUCUCUGCGUACCUGCUCCAGUUGUAAACUGUACCGCUGUUGCAGUACGGAAUGCCAGUCUCUUAGCUGGAAUGCCGAGCAUAGAAGCGAGUGUAAAAUGCUGAAGAAGAUUCGGAAGAAACUGUUGCCGUUCGAAGAAGCGGGUGCUUUUGACCAUGACUGUGAAAUGAAGAGCUGUUGCCUGUUCGGAUGCUGCGCUGCAGAGAUUCUCGUGGCCAAAAUCUUCAACAAAAUCACGCGGCUGUCUGAAGAACGGCCUGGUGGACAAAGUGUCCGGAUUCAGCGGAAGCGUCGCGGUCCAGCAAGUCUUAAAUAUCCUCCCUCUCCAGCCAAUCUUUCCGGAAGCAACCAACGUGUCAGUCACUUAAGUGUAUUUUCCAAAUUAUGCAAAAAUAUUUCCGAUGCAGUUAGCACUAUCUGUUAAAUUUGUUUGUGUGUGCACUAUCUGUUAAAUUUGUUUGUGGUUUGCGUUUUUUAAUCGGCAAAUUUGCGACGCCAUCUGGCCACCCGGGGUCCGCGACAGUAUUCCGCAUUUCGAGGAAAUGGUCAAGAAGCUGCUGUACAACAUCUUCCCCGUCCUGAACCAGCGCGGCAAAUUCAAACCGCACAUAAUGGGCAUCUUCCCGCAGGCACUGCAGCGCACCAUGACUCCGGUCUGCCUAGACAACAACGUCACCAUCAAUCUCCAGGGGCGGACUCUGGUGGUGCGGGCGGUUAAGGAAGUCCACUACACUGGAAUGAAAGAUCUGCGGCAGAACGAAGAAACCCGCACGAGUUAUGUGGUGAAACUGAAGCAGCGCCGAAGGGAUUUCCAGAUAUUUUACGGUUACCAGUGCCAUUGCGGCAAAUGCACUACCGAAUACGAGGCGGAUAUUAAUCCCUUGAAGUGUGGCACCACUGGAUGUCCGGCGCGGAUACCCAGCGAUGCACGGGCCCUCCAACCCUGUCCACUGUGCGGAGCGGACAAUGCAGCACAAUUGCACAAAAUGCAUGCUGCUGUUAGGACGCAGGACCGGGACAAGAAUAAGGAUCGUGAUAAUGGCAUUAAAGAGACGAUGAAGAUUCUGACACAAGUUGGAGAAUUGGACACGAUCGUGCAUCCCGAUGCGCAUAUACGCUUCGCAUGCGGCAAGGAUGCCGUUAGCUAUUUGCAGCUUUUAGGCUGCUAUGAAGCGGCUUGGGAGCUGGCCCAGGGGAUGGUGGACUGUGUGCGUGCACUUUGUCCUGAGUACCACGUGGGCCGUGCGUGUUUUUUGGUGAAGGCGGCUACGAUACCGUAUCUGUGGAAACGCGACAUCAGUGAACAGGAACAACAGCGUCUGGCGACUGUGUUUCGUGAGGCCCUCCCCAAGGCGUUAGGAUGGAUGCGGGAAGCGGUCAGCAUCUACCGGAAACUGAACGGAGAGGAUUCGGUGUGGGCGCAGGCGGUGGUCGAUUUCAUGCGCAUCCAUGCGCCGGCUGACGUUAGCGCAACGGAAAGCGCAGCCUUAACACCGCCAGCCCGUAAAGCCAACUGGGACUGGGGCAACCAAAAAGCCGUCGUUCUUUGA